AAUUUCAUCCCUAUGGGUUGUAGUGGUUUCUCCCAGUCCCAAAAUGGCGGGUGCAGAAGGUGGUAUGCUGGGUUCUUGCUCGUGUAAGAUCGGUCCCUCCAUCCUUAACGCCGACCUGUCCAACCUGGCGUCCGAGGCGAGACGUCUGAUGGACUGUGGAGCCGACUACCUGCACCUGGACGUCAUGGACGGACAUUUUGUACCCAACAUGACUUUUGGACACCCAGUGGUGAAGUCUCUCAGGCAACAUUCAGAUGCCUUCUUUGAUAUGCACAUGAUGGUGAAUAGACCAGAACAGUGGAUAGAGGGAAUGAGCGAUGCUCGUGCAAACCUGUUCACGUUUCAUAUAGAAGCCACCGACGACGUGAAGGGAUGUAUCAGGAAAGUGAAGGAGGCAGGCAUGCAGGUUGGUAUUGGCCUGAAACCCAAGACUCCUGUGGAGGUGGUGUUCCCCUAUGUGGAGGAUGUAGACAUGGUGCUGGUGAUGACUGUGGAGCCGGGCUUCGGGGGACAGAAGUUCAUGGCUGACAUGAUGCCCAAGGUCCAGGCCCUGCGUGCUAAGUACAAGUCUCUGGACAUCGAGGUGGAUGGGGGAGUGGGACCCAGUACCAUUGACCUGGCAGCAGAGGCCGGCGCUAACAUGAUCGUAUCGGGAACGGCAGUAGUUAGGAGCGACAACCCGCGGGAUGUCAUUGGCCAAUUGAGAGGCAAGGUGGACGAGGCAAUACAGAAGGCUAACCUGGAGAGAUGAUGACAUCACGUUGUCUUUAGGUGGGGGAGGGGGGGCAAGUAGACAAAACAGGUACAAUUGCUGCUUGACUUGGUUUGACAGGAGUAAACUUUGCAUUCAACUGUACCAGCUGCAGGGGUAAUGCCAUGUAAUGGUAAAGUGGGGAUUUUCUGCUCCAUGUUUGACAUGAAAGCUAACAAGAUUGGUGAAGCUAACAGGACCAUUGAACCAUCAUCAGCAAAGGAAUUCUGCACAUUUUAAUCCACAGUUUAUAAAAUCAUAUCUUGUGCAAUUCAUUUCACAUCUUCAUGGGAACUAACUACUAAGAUGAGGCUGAAGACAACCGGAAUGUUUGGAGAGUCAACUUGUGGUAAUGUUAAUGUUAAUUCCAGGGCUCUUUCCAGUUGCUAGGGAAGGGAUCAGUAAGAAUGUAACAUGAAACACUCAAUAUUCAGGGUGUGGUCUUGUUAUUUUUUUGUCCUAGGAUUAUCAGCACGCUGCUGUGACAGAAUCAAUGUUCAAUAACAAUCUGCGUCAACAUUUUGUUGUUAGCUAGGCUUUGUAUGAAACAUCCAAGAUUUUCCGAAGAAUGACCAUGCUUUGCUGUCCCUACACCCCUAUUCCACUAGUGCAGCGACCUCGCUGCGACUGCCCUGUGACCUAGCGAUUGGACCGAGCACUCAACAAAUUUUACGACUAAAACAAAUUUUAUUGCGCUGUUUGUUUUUGUUGUCUUUUCAGUCACAUGUUUACAUUUUGCAUCAUAUUCCAGUUAUGAAAUCAAGGAUUACACAGAUCCAAUUUUGGUUGCAGCGAGGCCGAAGCAGGAUCACCGCAUGGUGGUGUGGGAGCUUACACCUGUUGUACAGUGAACAUUACAGGUCCUUACCCUCUGUAAAGAUGAUGACCUACCCUAUAGUAAACACAGUUAAACUGUAAAUCCUUUGUAUGGGACAUGUCUCUGCAUUGUACCAUGUCAAGUUGUUAGUUUGUCCCUCCGGGCUUAACAGCUAGGGUGCAUCAUGUACAAACAAUACAUUACGUGAGAAAUACGUGCUGGAGAUGUUGACAUUGCAAUUAUGGCGCCCCCCUACUGUAAAUUACCCUGUGUGCUGGGUGGCACCUGCUUAACUAUGAUGUUAAAAACAUGAGAUGGUUAUCUUGUUUGCACUUCAAACUAUUGACGUUUGCUAGGUUGACCUAUAGAAGCCUUGGCUUCACAAAUAAAGUUUUGGCAAAA